AUGGAUUUCAGAAAGCAGCAGGGCAUGGAAGCAGAUGCUUUUAAGGAGGAAGACCAUAUGUCACAGCAGACUGCCAGUGAUCUGGCAAGCAUGGUACCAUCUUCCAAUAUAAUAAAUGAGAAGGUCAUGCCUUCUUUAUUCCCAGGUCGGGUUGACAAUAUGAGUGAUUCCUCCAGCAAGCAGUGUCCACUUUUAUGCAGUUCAGAAGCCGGCUGUAUGAUGGGCAACAGUAAUGUCUCAACAGAUAACUUGAGCCACAACCAAGCUUUUCAGCAUGCAAGGCAAUUAUAUUAUUUGGCCAACUCUGAUUUUUUCCAUCAAAAGUUGGCUUCCAGUGUAAACCAGGCUGGAAUUCAUGAUGCAAGUGACACCUUGGAAAUGUUCACUCCUCCUCUGCUCCCUGCCUCAGAGCCUGGGAUGAACCAUUGUGCUCCCACCUACAAAAACAUCGAACAGACUCCAGGGCAGCAGGACCAGGUGAUGAAGCAGCAGAUGGAGCAGCUGCAAAGGCUGGUGGCUGAACAGCAGAAAAUCAUCGCACUUUAUAACCCAGAUAACAGUCAAAUAAAAGAAAGGAGUUUCCCUGAAACUUUUUCUGCUGUCAAAGAAGAACAAAGACAACAAGUAAAGGAGGAAAUUCCUCCAUCUUCCUUUGGCAUAGAGGGGAAGAUGAAGACUGGAAACAUAGAAGACAGGCCAAUUGCACCAGAAAUUGGUAUUGGACAGAAGCCUUCUGAAGAAUUUGUUGAAGAACAACUUAAAGUAGACAAUCAUCUCAUAGCAAAACAGCAGAAGGAGCAGCAGACGAAGGCAAAAGGAACACCUCGGAAGGCUUUUCUGAAACGAAAAGAAGGUAUGGUAAGGCUCAAAAAAAAUAACCAGAAGCCUUUAAAAGAAGACAGCAAGCAUUCCAGAAAAGCUGGUUUGGACUGCUGGGGUCAUUUCUCCCAGCCUGGUCAAGUGGAUGCAGGCAUACUGCAGCCAGGGGAAUGCUCUCAGUUAAGUCUGCAGGUCAGUAGUUCCAUGCAGAUGGGUACACAGGAAAAAAAAGCAGACUGUGCUUUAGCUGAGUGGGAGAUAAAGGCUCAGACUGACUGUGAAGCAAAACUAGUUGAGCAAAGUACAGAAGAAAAAGAAGUGAUUGGGAGAGAUGAAGACACAAAGGAAAAUCCUGUUGACUCAGCAGAGAGAAGGUGGCCUGAAAUCCUGCAACCAAGUCCUGAACCAGUAACAGAAAUGAACCUACAAGUAGGUGAGGAAAGGGAAACUCAUCAUAUGGAUUCUCUACUGCAAGCAGGCAGAACUGAUGGAAGAUCUGUGGAGGGUACCCUGCAAAAGGACCUAGGUAGGGUGGAUCAGCCUCUGAAGGGUCAUCUCAUAGGGGGAGCAAAAACCCCUUUGGAAGUCCUGCAAAAGCAUUCUCCACUUCAGGAUUUAGAAACAGAUCUCAUCAAAGAGGCAGAGUGGAGUGCAGGCCCUGCAUUCACACAGGGCCAGAAACGGGUUCAGGUAUGCCCACAGGAACUUGUUUCAGGGAGCCAGAGCUCAGAAGGCAAAAGGCAAAUCCAUACUGGGUUCAAGAUGGUCAAUGAUAAGAUAGUAAAAAUUACAUGUAGCUCACCAGAGGCUGUGGAGAAGGGAAUCUCAUCCUCAGCCUUGCAGCAGGAGUGGCAAAAGAAGGGGAAAGCUGUGUUGACGUGGCAUGUUGCAUCUUUGUCCCAUGAGUCAAGCAGCUUAUCCUCCAACAGUGAUGAUGACCCCAAAUCUCACCAUGCUCAGUAUCCCUCCCAGCACGGGCCUCAGGGAGUAGAUCAAACUGACAGACAUUUGGAUCUCUCUGACGGUGAUUAUGCUAGUGAUGAGCCCAGUGGAACUGAAAAAAUGUCUCUUAAAAAAACACGAAUGGACCAGCUCAAGACUGUCAGGAGCCAGGAGCCGAGUCACCCUUUGCAAUACAACAGAGACCAAAUUCACCCAUUGCAGAAAGAAAAAAUUGCUCAUAGCAAGUUCAAAGGAACAGCUAGCAUCAAUGGAGAAAAUGUGAAAUCAGAAGAAAUACAACUUAACUCCACCAACAUUGCAUUUGCAGUAUCCAGCAUGAGUGCUUUGAAGGAGGAGGAUUCAGUGUUGGCAUCAGCACGGAUAUUAAAACAGCAGAUUGUGGGACUGCAGGAGGAGUUCAAGAGAAAUGAGUCCUGCUGGCAUGCUGCCUACGGCAAGCUGAGAGACCAGGUUGAGAUCCUGACCAGGCAGAACAUGGAGCUUCGAGAUGAACUCAGAGUUUCAGAACAUCAGAGAUGGAAAGCAGAAAAAAACCCAGAAGCUGUGAAUUUCAUGGACAGAAAAUCCAAGACCCCGCCUCCAAAAUCAAUAUUAUCUAGAAGAUCAGUGUUACAUCAAGAAAGAAGAAAAAGUAAGGAAGAGGUGCAGGAAAAAAUAGAAUAUCCUGAUGGAAAGGUAGAAGAGGUGCUUACUGAUGGACGUCGAAUCAUCACUUUCCGCAAUGGUACUAAAAGAGAGAUCAGUGCUGAUAAAAGGAUGACUACGAUCAGCUUUUUCAAUGGAGAUGUAAAGAAGAUCAUGCCAGAUCAGAGAGUGAUUUAUUAUUAUGCAGAUGCACAGACAACCCACACUGCUUAUCCAGAUGGCCUGGAGGUGCUGCAGUUCCCUAAUAAUCAGAUAGAAAAACAUUAUCCUGAUGGCACACAAGAAAUUGUGUUCCCAGAUCACACAGUGAAAUGCCUCUAUAGCGACGGAUUCAAGGAAACUUUUUUCCCAGAUGGUACAGUAGUAAAAGUAGAAAAGAAUGGAGAUAAAAUAGUGGUAUUCAGUAAUGGUCAAAAGGAGGUUCACACUGCGCAGUUCAAGAGGCGGGAGUACCCAGAUGGCACUGUAAAAACUGUGUACCGCAAUGGCAGACAAGAAACCAAGUACUCCACUGGACGAGUUCGAAUCAAAGAUGAGGAGGGUAAUACCAUCCUAGACAAGAAGUGA